CAAAAUAAACAUGGCUGCCUGCGUGAAGAGUUUGAUUGGAUUAUAGAAUGGAAUAUUUUCGAUAUUUAGAGCCGUGGCUUGCUUCCUGGAACAUCUCUCUAGAUUCUGUACAUCUUCUCUCAAAUAAAACAGUAAAAUGGAGCGAAAUCAGAGAGAACUUUAGGGAUCUCUGGCGAAACGACGAUUGGCAAAUUCGUUUGUCUUGGUUUUUGAUUGUUUGUACAGUAGUCAACUUCGUGUUCAUCGGUAUAGCGUGGAAAAUUUACGGUGAGACAAUAUCAAACAUGUUCUUUAACAAAUCAAGAUCACCGUUACACCAGAGGUCAAAAACAAACGUGUUAUCAAGCAGCAUGGAAGACUUAUUCGUUAAAAAGAUUCAGUAACAAGACAUAGACAGGUGACGUCGACGUGUAUUACGUACACCCCGUAUGAAGUGUUUAACCCAGUACGUGUUCUUUGUUCGACUUCAGUUGUGAAAAAGGAUAGUAUGAACUGUGUAUUGUCUAUGAAAAUGAACUUGAGGAUCUGAUCAACAUUACGAGUGAGUUUCUGUAGGGGAUUUCCAAUUUGAAAGGUCAGAGUAAUACAGGUUUGGAUUGAUUUCUUCCUCAAGUGGUCUACUUUCUCAACCAAUCGAACGCUAAACGAAAAUCAUCUGAGUUCUCAUGGGCUAACUUGGGAUAUUUUCCAUUGCUCUGAUUGGCUUUAGUCUUUACUCUGGUUUCUUAGCACAAUUUAAAUGCACAUUUUUGUUGCCAAGAGUUAAGUAUCAGAUUGUAAAACUGAAGGGUUUACCAAUUAAAGGAUGUUCAGCUAAGUGAUAAAAGUUCAGUCAGCUAGGAGAAAAUAAUUUAAAGUCAUAUUUUUUGUCUUGUCACGAGCUUGGGAUAAAGAAUAAAUUCUGAGUCCCCAUGAGAAAGUUACCAUCUUUCUUAUUCUGUUUACAAGAAAAUAAAGAUGUUACUAUUUGCUGAAAAAGUUGUGGGGACAAAGAACAUACUUUCCUUUAAUACACUGAUUUAUUUUUAAACCAAAUUUAUACAAAAUAAAGUUCCUUCC